AUGGUGAGUUUGAUUAGAACUUUCAUUUGACUUCAAUAGAAGAAUUGUUUUUUUUCAGAAGUCUGUCGCAAUUCUUCUCGCCUCUUUGGCAGCUGUCUCAGCCUAUUCCCUCGAUGUCAAUCAUGCUCAAUCAGUUCCAGUUGAAGCUCAACUUCUCGAAGGAGAAGAACUCGUGAAAUAUGUGAACAGCAAACAAAGUUUGUUCACCGCCAAACUUGGAUCACAUUAUUAUUCAUGGCCAAAUAAGAUCAAGAAGCAAUUGAUGGGAUCAAAGAUGGUUGAAAUUCCAGCUGAACAUCGAGUAUUCGAACAAUCGCAUCCAGAAAUCAAUGAUGAUACUAUCCCAGAUUCUUUCGAUUCAAGAACUCAAUGGCCAAAUUGUCCAUCAAUCUCUAAAAUUCGUGAUCAAUCAGCUUGUGGAUCAUGCUGGGCUGUUGCGCCGCUGAAACUAUCUCUGAUCGUAUUUGUAUUGCAUCAAAUGCUGCCACUCAAGUCUCAAUCUCUGCUGAUGAUAUUCUUUCAUGCUGCGGAUUCAUCUGCGGAAAUGGGUUAGUUAUUGAUUUGGAAUUUAGAAUCCUGAAUUUACAAACACUAAUUUCAGAUGUCAAGGAGGAUAUCCAAUCGAAGCCUGGCGUCACUGGGUUAAAAAAGGAUACGUGACUGGUGGAAACUAUACCGAAAAAACCGGAUGCAAGCCAUAUCCAUAUCCACCAUGUGAACAUCAUAAUAAUGCAACUCAUUACAAACCAUGUCCAGAUGAUCUUUACCCAACUGAUAAAUGUGCUCACACUUGCCAAGCUGGAUAUAGUUUGACUUAUGCUCAAGAUUUGCACUACGGAAAAUCUGCAUACGCAGUUUCGAAAAAGGUCACCGAAAUUCAAAAAGAAAUCAUGACUCACGGACCAGUCGAAGUUGCUUUCGAAGUUUACGCCGAUUUUGAAACAUACAGCGGUGGAGUUUAUACUCACACAGCUGGAGCUGAUUUGGGAGGACAUGCUGUGAAAAUGAUUGGGUGGGGAGUUGAUAAUGGAACACCAUAUUGGCUUUGUGUUAAUUCGUGGAAUGCUGAUUGGGGAGAGAAUGGAUAUUUCCGUAUUUUGAGAGGUGUUAAUGAAUGUGGAAUUGAAGGAGGAGUUGUUGGAGGAAUUCCAAAAUAA